AUGGAAGCCUCAACCUUGAAUGCGACAGAAGCCCUCGAGGGCUUCACUGCGUCUCACCUUCCUGCCCCUUCUACAUCCUUCUCAUACCUUUUUCUCUACUCAUCUACCUCUGCUCUCACUGUUUUUGCUGGUGCCAUUGCCCUAUACUGGUAUCUGGUAAUUCUCGGCAGAAAGAGUCGACCUUACAUCUACGGCAACUACGAGUUCGACGCACCUACCAUUGGUUCUACUAACACGAUACUGGGAAGAUGGCAGUUCUUCCGAAACGGUCCGGCACUUAUCCGUGAGGGAUACCAGAAGUACAAAGACAACUUCUUCAAAGUCUCGGGCAAUGAUCUCCUCAUCGUCCCCAACAAAUACUUGGCUGAGCUUGCAAGCAUGCCUCCCGAGAAACUCAGUCUCAACACUGCGAUCGUUGAUGCUUUCCAGCGUCUUCACUCAAUCACUGCUGUUAUCACUGAUCACAGUCUGCAAACACGCAUGAUCGUGUCACGUCUUACACCAAAACUCGGAACGCAUGUCCCCUUGGUACAAGACCAAUUCCGCAAAUAUCUACCAAUUGAGCUACCAGCAACAGAGGCCGGAUGGACAAGCAUAAAUGCGUUAAGCCUCGCCCGUCGUAUGGUUCACAGAGGCGUGGCUACUCAGUUUGUUACCGACCUGGCAGAAGACGAGGCCUAUUUGAAGACCGCCAUUGAUUACUCGGAAAAUGGCUUUAUGCACAACUUCAUGUUGCGUGUCUUCCCUGAUCUUGCCAAACCAUUCGUUGCCUGGUUCCUCCCUACAAGCUGGGGCGUGGACAGAGCACUCAAAAGAGCAAGACGUAUGAUCAUCCCAAUCAUCGCUGAGCGCAGAAGACGUGAGCAAGACGACCCAAAAUACGAGAAGCCUGAAGAUUUCUUGCAGAAUCUGAUGGAUGGCGGUGUGGAGCUCAGUGAUAGUCCUGAGACCACAGUCCAGCGUUUGAUGGUCACAUACCUUGGCUCGGGCCCUUCAACUGUGAUCGCUGUGGCUCAAGUCUUAUUCGACCUUUGUGCUCGUCCGGAAUAUGUUGAGCCAUUGAGACAAGAAGCUCUGAGUGUCCUUCGUGAGAAGGGCUAUACCAAGCAAGCUCUGGCCGAUAUGAAACAGAUGGACAGCUUCAUGCGUGAGUCUCAGAGACUUAGCCCACCUACUCUACGUAAGUACUACUAUCUUCUUUCCUCACGAUUCAUGUUCGAUGACACUGAUCAACUUGUCANNGUGGGAUUCAACGCCAUUGUGCGUCAACCCCUUACACUCCACGACGGCACUGUUCUGCCCGAUGGCGCUCACAUCCAGAUGGCAACAUAUGCCAUUGGCACAGAUCCUGAGCGAGUUGAGGAUCCUGAAAAGUUUGACGGACUGCGACAGAACANNGAAUUCACCACCACGAGCGAGAACAACCUCCACUUUGGCCACGGCAAGAUUGUCUGCCCUGGAAGAUUCUUCGCCGACCACUCCAUGAAGAUGAUUGUCAGCAACAUCAUCCUCAAGUAUCACCUUCGCUUCCCAGGCGGAUCGACACAAAGGCCAUCCAACACGAGCAUGUACGAUGUUCUGAUUCCGGAUUUGAGCACUUGCGUCGAAUUCAAGCUGAGAGAGGAUGCUGCCGAAUGCAACUUCUAA